CGCCUCCGAUUAUCAAUUCGUUUCUUUAAUCAGGUUUAAUCGAAGAUCUCGAUCUCGAAUCGAGCAAUGGCGGCGAUCACCAUGAAGGUUAAGUACAAGACCAGCGUCAAAGACCCUGGGGUCCCUGGAGUUCUCAAAAUGAACGAGGAGAAAUUUGUUUUUGUUCCUAAUGAUCCUAGGUCUUCAGCGUCAAAGCUUAAUGUGGGGUUUAAGAACAUUAAAGGUCACAAGUUUAGUAAAGAUGGGUCUAAACAAGCAUUGUUGAAUCUUACACUGGAUUCUGAGAAGGGUGGAGGUUACAUUUUUGAGUUUGAUAAUUUUCCGGACCGCAAUGCUUGCCGAGAUUUUGUUGGAAAAGUACUUGGAAAGUUUCAGUCUGUUGCAUCCUCUACAAAAGACCAAGCAGUACCCGAAAAGUCCAAUGCUACAGUUCAUGCAGAACAGCUUAGUGCCUCGGAGAUGGAGCGUCGGAUGAAACUGUUGCGAGAUGAUAGUGAAUUGCAGAAACUGCAUAAGGAAUUUGUCAUUGGCGGUGUUUUGACUGAAUCAGAGUUCUGGCGCCAGGACAAGAAUUUACUUGGUAAUGACGGUCGUAGAACAUUAAAGCAACGGACGGGGCUCAAAAGUGCCAUGCUUGCAGAUGUCAGGCCAUCAGCUGAUGGUCGGGCGAAUAAAGUUAUGUUUAGCUUGACCCCAGAGAUUAUCCAUCAGAUUUUUGUUGAAAAACCGGCUGUUCUUCGUGCAUUUUUGAAUUAUGUGCCAAGAAAGAUGUCGGAAAAAGAUUUUUGGACAAAAUACUGUCGAGCAGAAUAUUUGCAAUGGUCCAAGAAUUCUGCAACAGUUGCUGCAGAGGCAGCUGAAGAUGAGGAUCUUGCAAUAUUUUUGAAGCAGGAUGAUAUAUUGGCCAAUGAAGCUCGCCGAAAGAUGAGACGUGUGGAUCCGACAUUAGACAUGGAAGCUGAUCUUGGGGAUGACUACCUGCAUCUUCCAGAUCAUGGUAUUUUGCGUGAUGGAACCAAGGAAGUUGUCGAUACUGACAAUGAGCUAUCAAAGAGGUCGAUCUCGCAGGAUCUUAAUCGGCAUGCAGCUGUUGUCCUUGAAGGCAGGCCAUUAGACAUGGAGUUGGGAGACACACGGACUGUUGCUGAAGCUCUUGCAAGGUCCAGACAAGCCGAGUCCAAUGAAACAUCAGAUGAGAAUGAAGACUUGGAACGCCUAGAAAGGGUUUCUCGCAUGACUGAAAUUGAGGACCUUCAAGGCCCUCAAAACCUUCCAUAUGCACCACUAUGCAUCAAGGAUCCACAUGAGUACUUUGAUUGUCAACUAGCAAAUGCCCUAAAGGCUUUAGGUGACAGUGGCGCUGGAAUAAAACCUGAUUGCAGUCUUAACGCUGAGGAAGCCUAUGUUUAUUUAGCAGAGCAAAUCUCUGAGGUGAAAUUCCGUGGGUUGAAUGAUCCAGUUGUUCAACCUGAAAUAGCACUGAAGGUUCUUAAUGGAUUGAAUCAACAUAUUUCAAGUACCAAAUUUCAUUUUGGGAAGAGUCCACAAGAGAGCGUCCUUGAUACGCUGCCCAACAGGACAAAAGAGGAGCUCUUGCACAACUGGACAUCUAUCCAGGAGUUGCUUCGCCAUUUCUGGUCGUCAUAUCCAAUGACAACAACAUAUCUGUAUCAUAAGGUUUUAAAGCUGAAAGAUGCCAUGACGCAGAUCUAUCUGAAGCUUCAGAAAAUAAAGGAAUCAGUGCAGUCAGAUUACAGGCAUCAGGUCUCUCUCCUUGUGCAGCCAAUGCUCCAGGCUUUGGAUGCGGCUUUUGCUCACUACGAUACUGAGCAACAAAAGCAGUCCACAAAAUCUGGUGCUAAGCCUAAUGGAUUUGUUCAGUAAAAUGCCAUUUCACAUGCUGCAACAUUCUUAUGUGUACAUUGAAUUAAUUUUUGGUAUCAAAUAUAAUAUUAUGAGUUAAUGUUUUUCCUGCGGGUAAGCCUUUUUUUAAUUGUAACUUCUCUAUACAGUAUUACAGUGUGUAGGUAUCUCUGCUUGUUAUAUUAUUCUACACAUCAUUCUCGGCUAAAUGUGAGCUGGCAAAACUGGAACAUAAAUUCCUGAUCGUGAAUAUUCGUAAUAAAAUUUCGCGGCGACAGUAUUGUGGGUCGUUGAGGCAGUUCAACUUG